GUUGCGUUUGGAAGAAAUGGCGGACAUGGACGAGUUGUUUGGGAGUGAUGGCGACAGUGAUAACGAACAACGAGAUUCUGGCUCAGCCUCCGGUUCCGAUUCGGAUCAUGACAGACCCAGGUCCGCCAGUAACGCUUCCGGUAGCGGCAGCGACAGUGAAAGGGGCCGGGUUGAUGAUGAUGAUGAUGACGACGAUGAGGGCCGUGAGGCAGGGAAGCCGAGUAUAAAUAAGGAGCUGUUUGGAGAUGACAGUGAAGAUGAGCGACGCAGCCAACACAGUGGAAGUGAUAACCAGUCUGAACACUCAGGGAACCAGUCCGAUGCCAGCAUCCACUCUGAGCAGGAGGAUAAUGAACAUUCGGAUGCUGAACAGCACAGUGGCUCUGAGCAUGGGCACCAUGAGGAGGAAGAUGAAGAGGAUGGGGGUCAUAGGUCAGAUGCUGGCAGCCCAGCUGGCAGCAUAGGGUCUGGCGUAGGGAGCCCUCACUCAGGAAGGGGCAGCGCUCAUUCAGACAGAAGUGUGCACAGUGAUCCUGUAACACCCCAAUCAGGACCAGGUACCCCUCAUUCUGAUGGAGACGCUUCUGGCAGGGAGAACCAAUCAGAUGAUGAGAAAUGGGUAGGAGGGGCUAAGAGUGACCAGUCAGAUGAUGAAGAGGAGAGGCGUCAUCACUCAGAUGAAGAGAGAGAGAACUCUGAUGAUGAUGUGCCAAGAAACAGGAAGUCAGAGUCUGCAAAGGGUAGUGAUAGUGAAGAUGACUUUCUCAGACAGAAAGUCAAGAAGGUGGCUACUUCUGACUCGGAUUCAGACAGUGAUGUUGGACCAAAGAAAUCAAAGAAGCCAGCAGCAGAUGACCUGUUUGGAGAAGCUGAUGACAUUUCCUCUGACAGCGAUGCUGAGAAACCCCCUACUCCAGGACAGCCCUUGGACACAGAGGAGGGGAUGGAGGGGGAGCAAGCGGAGGAGGAGCUCGUUCCUGAAACUCGUAUUGAGGUGGAGAUACCUAAAGUCAGCACAGACCUAGGAUCUGAUCUCUACUUUGUCAAGCUGCCCAACUUUCUGUCUGUGGAGCCCAGGCCUUUUGAUCCUCAGUACUAUGAGGAUGAAUUUGAAGAUGAGGAAAUGUUGGAUGAAGAGGGACGGACUAGGCUCAAGCUCAAGGUGGAGAAUACUAUUCGGUGGAGAGUGAAGAGAGAUGAGGAGGGAAACGAGACACGGGAGAGCAAUGCCCGGAUUGUCAAAUGGUCUGAUGGCAGUAUGUCCCUCCAUCUGGGGAAUGAGGUGUUUGAUGUCUAUAAAGCUCCUCUCCAGGGAGACCACAACCACCUGUUCAUCCGACAGGGCACUGGACUACAGGGACAGGCUGUAUUCAAAACCAAACUCACAUUCCGACCCCACUCGACAGACAGCGCCACCCACAGAAAGAUGACAUUGUCUCUGGCGGACCGCUGUUCAAAGACACAGAAGAUCAGGAUCCUCCCCAUGGCUGGAAGGGACCCUGAGUCACAGCGCAAUGAGAUGAUUAAGAAAGAAGAAGAGCGGCUGCGGGCGUCCAUCCGCAGGGAGUCCCAGCAGAGGAGAAUGAGGGAGAAGCAGCACCAGAGGGGCCUCAGCAGCAGUUACCUGGAACCUGACCGGUACGAUGACGAGGAGGAAGGGGAGGAGGCCAUCAGCCUCGCAGCCAUCAAGAGCAAAUACAAGGGAGGAGGAGGUCUAAGGGAGGAGCGAGCGAGAAUCUACUCAUCUGACAGUGAUGAAGGCUCAGAUGACGAUAAGGCCCAGAGGCUGAUGAAGGCAAAGAAAUUGGACAGUGAUGAGGAAGGUGAGGCCUCGGGCAAGAGGAAAGCUGAGGAUGAUGAGGAGAUGGCCACCAAAAGGGCAAAGAAAUAUGUUAUCAGUGACGAAGAUGAGGAUGAAGAGGAUGAUGAAUAAUUUUUUUUUGCUUGUUUUUUUUUAAACUAUUCCACUGUUUUACCAAUGCUCAGUCUAUGUGGCAUAUAGCAGCCAGAUGAUGUUUUAUAUAUUUUCUAGUGACCUGUGAAUGUGUGUGAGAGAGAGAGAGAAAGAGAGAGUACGCUUGCGCCUGGUUGUUUAUGUUCUGUACAGUGGAGGUGAGGAAUAAAGAUGUGGUUGUCUUA